AAAAAAAUCGAUCAACUCGGGCUUUGACGUUGGACCAGCUAAAGAGCAAUCGUUAAGCUUGUCCUUUGGGAUGUCGCUGGGUUUAUGCGGAGACACCAUUGGAUUGUCACUUUGAGUGAUUUAUGAUGUUGUUUUGAGGGUUUGAAAUAUGUUGGUUGGAACUGCUGAAGAUGUAACUUUAUGUUGAUUGAUCAUGAGGGAGAUUAACCCUUUCACUGCAAAUCGUUCAAUGCACUACAAUUAUUUUCUAAAUUUUAGACUCAAAGCCUAUUUUUCAAUAUAGUCAAUAGUUUCUAAAUUCUUGGAUGACUCAUUGUGUAUAUAGAUCGUUUAUAUUAGUUAUAUUUUUCUCAGGUUUUUGAAAGGAUUAAGAGAGAUGAUAUAUAAAUGUUCUGUUGAGAUUAUUUUAAAUGAAAAUUAAUGACUGUGUUGAGAAUGUAAAGUGGAUGGAAAUAGUAUCGGUAGAUUUUUUCAUCGACAAUAGCUUACCAGUGAGGCAUCGAUAUAUUGAUUUUGGUUACCUUUUAACGAAAAAUUACCAGCCACCCAUAAUCAAACAUCUCAGGCUGGGGUAGCUCGAGGUCGAGUGGUAGUCUGUCAAUGAUAAAGACAUUCCAGCGUCAAUUUCGAACCCUGCCUCUCCAUUGGCAGCUAUUUAAAAACGGUCCUUCAAGCUCACCAACCACCCAUGGAUCCGUUUGCAGUUCAAAGUAGGAUUUGAUCGACACCACAACCCCAACCUCGUCUUCAUCAUGAAUCCUUCUCACUAUUUACUAUUAACCAUCCUUGGAACCUUCUGCGCCUAUGGUCUAUGGAAAACAGGAUCUUUAUCGUGGCAGACGUCCACGGUCCGCGCUAAAGCGUCCAUCCAGUUCGAUCUGUCCAUCCCAGCCUCUUCAGAAUCGGCUCUCCAUCGCUUCUCCAACAAAACCAGCAGAAGAAACAACGAGAAGAGUCAUAAAAAAUAUCGAGGAGCAGUGUCUAGAUAUAUGCUGGAGCUCUUUCACCGAAGAUCAGACGUAGACAUAGUCAGAGCCCUGCAGCCAAUUCACGUAUCAGGUCCUACGAACGAUGGAGCCAGGAUUCUGAUGUUCUCGAUUCCUUUGAUAGAUCCUGAAGAGACUUUGGAAGCUGCAGAACUGCUUGGGGUCGCUGGAGCCAUCCUCAGAGUGCGUUUGGACCAAUUGAACACAUCUGAAAGUUGCGAGUCCAGAAGGGAUGACAACUGGAGGGCUUUUAACGUCACUUUAGCGGUGGCUUCGAGGAUUGGGAACGUUCUUAGACUCAGAGUUUAUGGGAGAGUUGGGUAUCAUCCUUGUGGAGAUGGUCCUGUCCUGCUGUUGAGCUUCAGUAAAGUGAAGAGGAGACGUUUAAGAAGAUCGAUUCAAGAGGAGGAGGCUGAGGACGAUGACGGACCUCGAAGAAGACGGAGAAAUUCCUGCAAACGACGGUCUUUGUACGUGGAUUUUUCUCUGAUUGCCUAUGAUGAGUGGGUCGUUGCUCCACCUGGGUAUGAAGCGUAUCAGUGUGCGGGAAAGUGUUUUUAUCCAUUUGGAGAUCAUCUGAGCCCAACUAAACAUGCUAUUGUGCAAACUCUGGUACAUGGAGCUCUUCAGGGUGUUGAAGGGGGGAACAAACCUGUUGGCAGAGCUUGUUGUGUACCGACACGGUUAGCGCCUACUAGUUUGCUUUAUUUGGAUGCUAGCGGGACUUUGACUUAUCAGUAUGGGUAUGAGGAUAUGGUUGUAGCGGAGUGUGGUUGUCGUUAAAAUGCCGAAGAGUGAGUAAUGG